AUGGACUCUGCGUGGGGAAGCCAGGCCCCUGAAGCAAUGCUCUUGGCGGGUAUUGGUGGACCCCUGGGCACAGCAGCUCUGCAUCAUAUGAAAGAAGAACUGGAAAGAGGGUUAUCCCAGCUCUGGGAAGGCCAGCUGCAAGAGUUCCUGAAGACAGUGGAGGUUCCUCAAACGGGGUGCGGUGCCCCCCAGUUGCCAGAGGAGAGUGCCCCAUGGGACGAUGCCAAGGCCUUCUUGGCUUCCUUCGAGCAAGUAGCCGAAGCCUGCCAGUGGCCCAAGGAGGACUGGGCGGCCCGACUUCAGCCAGCCCUCAGGGGAGAAGCCAAGCAAACGUUUCUCAAAAUGGAGGCCGGCGACAGAGAGGAUUAUGGGAAAGUGAAGGUGGCCAUCUUGCAAGGGGACGCCAUGAGCCGGGAGAAGAUCCGCCAGCACUUCCGGCAGUUCUGCUACCAGGAGGCCGAGGGGCCGAGAGGGACGUACGAUCGGCUCCAGGAGCUUUGCCACGGGUGGCUGAAGGUCGAGAAGCACUCCAAGGAGCAGAUCCUGGAGCUGCUUCUUCUGGAGCAAUUCCUGACUGUCCUGCCCGUGGAAAUGCAGAACUGGGUCAGGCGAAGUUGCCCCGAGACCUGUGCACAGGCUGUGGCUCUGGCCGAAGAUUUCCUGCUUGACCAGCUGGAGUCUGAGGCAUGGAGCCAACAGAUGAUGGAACCACUAGCGGAGCCACCGGCGGAGAACGCGCAGGGGCCGGAGCCGAUCCCCUCGUUCGGCGUGCUGAGUCCGCCACAGCUUUCCGGGGAAGCCACGUGGGAGCAAGAUCCCCCUCCUUCGGAUCAUGGGACGCUGAGUGGGAACAAGGAGGAGCAUCCCCAAGAAAUUAUUAAACCGAAAGUGCCGCAAAGGAUAGCCCCGGAACAAGCCGACGACAACGAUCCCCACUGCAAUAAGAGCAGCAAAAUCCUAGAGGAUCAACACAUACUUGAAAGGACGCAGGUAACCCACCCAAUUGAGGGAGGGAGUAAACCUCUUCCUUGCAAAGAGGAUGACAGGAAACCCAGUGUAGCUACUCUCCAGCAGGGGCUCAGGAAGGCAACAAGAAAAUACACGUGCGAUGUGUGUGGGAAGGGCUUCAGCCGUAACUCCCUACUCGUCUUGCACAAGAGAGCCCACACCGGGGAGAGACCAUACAGAUGCUCCCGCUGUGGGAAAAGCUUUGCUUCCUCGUGGUCCCUCAGAAGGCACCAGAAGAUUCACACCGGCAAGAAGCCACAUCAGUGCGUAGAAUGUGAGAAAGCUUUCUAUGACAAGUCGUCCCUCAGGAGACACCAGCGACGCCACACGGGAGAGAAACCCUAUCAGUGCCCUGAUUGUGGGGAAAGCUUUACCCGGAGCAGCUCUCUAGUUGGGCACAGAAAGAUCCAUGUGAAAGAGACGUCGGUCGUUCCUCCUCAUGCGAAACAGCAGGGAGAAGAGACGAUGCGUAUCUGCUGUGAGUGUGGGGAAAGUUUCAACGGCACGUCAGACCUUGAUAUCCAUCGGUGUGGAUUCUCCGGAAAGAAGGGCUACCUUUGCUUGGUGUGCGGGAAAAAAUUCUGCACCAAGGCACGCUUGAAAAGACAUCAGCCCCUCCACACGGGGGAAAAACCCUAUAAAUGCCCAGACUGCGGGGAAAAGUUCAUGUGGAAUUCUUCAUUUUCUCGACACAGAAAGAUCCACAUGGGAGGAAAAGGAGCUCCCCAAAGCCACUGUAAGCAGGGAGAAAACUGCAGAUGCUUAGAGUGUGGCCAACUCUUGAGCACGUUGGAAUGGAAUGGACAUCAGUGUAUCCACUCGGUGUAUCCACUGAGACCCUAUAAAUGUCCUGACUGUGGGGAAGUUUUCCGGUGGAACUCAUCUCUUGAAAGGCAUAGGAAGAACCAUAAGAGAGAGAAACUGAUCCCAGUCCUACAGAACAUGCCCUACACAUCGACAGUACACCUAAGAAGAAUUUCUGCAAAUGAGAGACCCCAUAAAUGCUUGAAGUGUGGGAAGUCUUUCUAUGACAAGUCACGCCUCAGGAGGCAUCAGCAGACCCACACUGGAGAGAAACCCUACGAAUGCACCGACUGCGGGAAAAGCUUCCGAUGGAAGUCGUCUCUCAAAGUACAUGGGAAGGUCCAUACCCAGAAGAAGUCCAACACGUGCCUGGAAUGUGGGGAAACGUUCCAAAGACCGUCACACCUUGUGAGACAUCAGAAGUGCCACAUCAAAUAG